AUGAGUUCCAGAAGAAGAAAAGCGGCCGGCCGGCCGAAUCACCAUAGAGUUGACUUGACUGCUUUAGCCAGCGACGUUAUACCUUCAGGACCAACACCUUCGUCUUCAACCAAUGAGGCGCUGGAUGAGCCUGCUCCGGGUCCUCCUCCAAGAAGGGCUAAACCUCCUCAAAGCUCGCUGAGUUUGGAGAACUCCAAGUCUGACGAAAGUGCAUCUUCUGGCGCUCCUCCACCUCGCCGUGCUGCUGUCAGACCGCCUACGAAUGUAAUUGACCACCCACAGCCGGUUUUGGACGAUAAGAAGGAUGAAGAGGAACAACAGGAAAGUCAAAAACUGCAGGAUUUGCCAUGGCCAGGUCAAGAGAGUCAGAAUUGGCAGGAGAACCAAGAUCUGUCUGAUCUACAACAAAGCGAGCCAUGGGACGACCAAAAGCAAACUGAAACUUCGAAUCAGGAAAGUCAGCCAUGGGACAAUGCAGCUACUACGUCUCUACCUUGGGAAGAGAACCAGCCUACAGCGACUGAACAACAGCAUCAACAACAGCAUGAACUUGACCAGUACCAGCACGACCAAGAGCUUUACGAUCACCAGAAUCUCGAACAGUCUGCUCAAUCGGACCAGUCGUCCCUUCCAUGGAGCCAACCUCCAUUUGAAGUGCCUUGGGAAGGUAACCAAAACAACCAGCCAAGAGCACACCAGGAAAACUUCAGCACUCAAGGAUCCUUGCCUUUGCCAUGGGAUGAAGAGAAUCAAGAUGAAGAUGCUUCGGGCUGGGAUGCUUACACCAACAUAGAGCUUGAAGAGAGCCAGCAGCUCAACCAGGCAGCCCAUGAGCCUCAACAACAAACGCAUGAACAACAGGAUACCCAAACGCAUGAAGAGGCUUAUGGACAUGAUGCUGACCAGGAUGCUCAAGAUGAUGCUCAGAAAUGGCACCAAGAUAAUCAGUAUUUCCAAAACCCUGUGGAGGAUCGAGCUGAAAGCCACUACUGGGAUCAACAAGCUGCUCAACAACAUCACAACACCGAUGGAUCUUUUCCACAUUCAGGUGAGCCUGGUAUAGAACAUGAGAAGGAUCCAUGGGACCACGACGAUGAUGAACUUGAUGAUGAUCCGUGGGAUCAAGAUGUUGAUGUCAAUUUGGAAGAGGUUCAAAACACAGCAUCAGGUCAAGACGCCAAAAUAGAGGAGUCAUCCCAUGCAGCUCCAUGGGACCAAGAAGAAGCUGCUGACAAUUUCCAGGGAGAUGAUGCUUGGAACCCUGCGAACGAGCAGACUGAAGAGGGCUAUGGUGAAGAGCAAUUCUUGCAAGAUCCAUCUCAGCAACAUGACAUUCUGGAAAGCCAUGUUGAGGAAAACGACUUCCAAGAGCAUAAUGCCCACGAAAAUACGGCUCCAGAGCAUGUCACUCACGAGCAAGAAUUUUUACAGGAUGAGGAGGUUCCGCAAGACUUCCCAGAGCAUGAAACUCAAGAUCAGGCUCAAGAUCAGGUUCAAGAUCAGGUUCAAGAGCAACAGGACGAGGUUCAGGAAUACCAACAGCAUGAGCUAGAGGAGCAUCAAGGAUAUGAAGAAAAUGACCAAGGUCACCUUUACGAGAACGAUCAUCACCAACAGACGUCUUUGCCUUGGGAGGAGAAUGACAAUGCUACUGCUGCUCAUGAUGAGUUCCCAGGUCAACAGGAACAAUACCCAGAGGGCGAGUCACAGUUCUUUGAUCAAAUUGCUAACCAAGAAGAUCCUGAACAAGAACAAGGCCACAACGAACACGAACCUACACAGCAUGAAGACCAUCUUGAUUUGAAUGAUGAUGGCCUAGAUAGCAUCUUGGAUGAUGACGGUUUCCUUGCCGAAAGUGAAUCUCCUCCUCCCGUGUUGCCUCAGGACGAGGGACAGAAACAUGAGCAGGAGAAUUAUGACACUGUCAUUCACCAUCGUGCCAAUGACACGCAGGAUGCCGAUGAAAGCUUGAACAAUAAGCUGAGAGCUCUAGAAAUGCUUGAUUUGGACGAGGACUUGCUCUUGGAUGAGGAAUUCCUUGAGGACGAGGCACCAACCGAGCCGCCUGCUCAACCGGUGGCUCAGCCAUCUUAUCCCCCGGUUCCACAAGGUCAACCACAACAAGCUCCUCAACCGCAUACCCAUAAAGCUCCUGAAGUUUCGUCAGCUAAGUCAAAAUACGCUCCUUCGCUGAAAUAUGCUCCCGUUGCUCCUGCUGCUCCUUCUGCACCAGGAGGAAACCCUUAUGCUCCUCAAGCAGCGGAACCAACAAAGGCUGGCCUUGUAACGGCAGUUAAACCAAGGGGCCCUAACAUCGAGUCCAAACUGACAGCUGUCACAACUGAAUUCCACCCUCUGCGUUUGGCCCAGAAUACUCAAAGAGAUGAAGUGAAGGAACAGCUUAAUGCUGCUAAAAAGAAGAAUGAUGCAUACGACUUCCCUAUGGGUCUAGUGAAGCCACCUACGAGAGCUCCAAGGGUUGCGUCGAAGCAUAGCCCUAACGCUUUGACUUCUCCUCCUGUCAGGCAGCCUAACAUGGCUAAUGCUCCAGCAGGCAAUGAAAACAUCUCAUCAAUUGCAUCACCUCCCUCUGCGUCAGCAGCAAUGGGUCCGUCCGCACCUCCUGCUGCCCAAAAGAGCUUCUUCGAAGAGUAUCCUGCUAGUGCAGUGAAGCCAGCCUCGAGACCUGGAAGAGCUGCUGCCGCUUCACACGACCGCAACCGUAGCGUUGAGAAGCCGAACGUUCUCAGCCCAGCCAGUGCACAUAGCUCCUUGCCAGCUAAGUCGCCGAAGAAUCCUUACGCUGCAUUGCAACCUAAGAACCCAGCACAUGCUAGUCCUCAGGUUCCUCAACCAGCACUUGGAACUGUCCAGCCCCCUCAGAACCGGUAUCAACCCAUUCCUUCUGCUCCUCAGGGAAUGCCUCCUCAGCCAUCACACACCGCUGGUAUGCCUGGACCUCCUCCUCAGGCAGUUGGCUUUGUGCCACCACCAGGCCAACAAGCUGCAAUGGGUCCUCCACAAAAUACAAGACCUGGAUUCUCUCCUCAUGCGCCAAUGGCUCAGCCAGUGGUUCCUUCGCAAAACCAGGGUGCCCAGCCAUUCCCUAAUAUGGGUGGAAGACCUCAAGAUCCGCAUAAGUCUCCAAGAAUGAGUAUCAAUACUUCGAUCCAAGGAAGACCAAAUGAUAAGGGUGCUUCAACCAGCCCUUACGUUCCAGCUUCUGGUCCUUACGCCCCUAGCGCAAGAGGACAUUCUAGAACGAGUUCCAUCAUUGGCGGAAAGGCGAAGGAAGGCAAUCCGUAUGCUCCAGUUCAAGGUGCGCCCCCACCUACCCAGCAACAUGCUAAAGGUGCUGUGCCCCCUCCAGGGUUCCAUACUGCUGGUCCUAGGGCAAGAGGCACUUCUUUGAACAGACCAGGUAAAUCCCAUUCUGUUUCGAAGGUCAACCCUGCAGCGUUAUUAGAAAGGCAGUUCCCUAUCUUUCAUUGGGGUAACUCUCAAAAUGCUGCCUACUUACUUCCAUAUGAACCUUAUAGUUCAUUUGAUCCAGUGAUCAGGACGAUUCACGUGGAUAAAGUGGCAGAUGUUGCAAAGAAUCACAAGCUUUACAGUGAUUUCCCUGGACCAUUGGUGAAGGGCAAGGUCAAGAAAAAGGACAUGGAGGCAUGGUUGCAUAAAGUAAUUGUUGCAUUGGAAGCUGAGAAUCCUUCGUCCGACGAGCUUAUGUUAGCAAAGAUUCUCAAUCUUCUUGUUAAGUUUGACGGUAACUUCAAGAGCGAUGAACUCUUACUCGAAAUUGCUAAGGUCCUCACGCCUAAUGUGGAUUAUUCUCAAGAAACUUCAGGUGUGAAUAUGGCGGUUGGAGGCCAUGGCAUCUCGGCCAAUGCAUACAAACUCGACAACCAGGGUAUCAACACUGUUUGGAACUUGAUUCAAACAGGAAAGACCGAAGAAGCAUUGUCUAUCGCAAUGUCUAAAGGUGACUGGGCUCUUUCUUUCAUCAUUGCUUCCUCGAUUGGCCACGAAAGGUUCGCCAAGGUCGCUUCGGACUAUGCCAGAAUCUCGUUCCCAUUCCAGAAGGGCCAGAUUGCAAAGGUGCAGCAUUUGAUGCCUAUCCUUAUGAAGAUAUUUGUUGGAAAUUCUGCUGGUGUUAUCAGCGAUUUUGAGAAUGUUACUACAGAAGGUGAAUUCGCCAGAAUGCACUACAAGGAAAUCAUCGCCGCUGCAAUCGUUAAUAACUGCAACACUGACUUCUUAGUGGACUUUGGCAAGUUUUUGUUAAGCUCGAACAUGAAUACUGCCAGUGAGCUUUGCUUCAUUAUUGGAGGUAUAGUCAUGACUCCUACCCCUCUCACAAAUGGUGCAUCUUUCGAGGCAGUUGGUGUUUUUACUCUGACUUCAGUUUAUUCAGAGAUCUACGAGUACGUCUUGCUGGUAUCGCCUGUCACUAAUAACAUGGUACCCCCUACAGGGUUGCCCCAUUUGCUUCUGUACAAGUUAAGACGUGCUCAAGCUCUUGCUGACUUUGGCUGCUACAAUGAGGCAAGAAAAUAUUGUGACUCAAUCGGAAGCGUUAUCAGGACACUUGGUAGGUCACCAUAUGUGAAAGCUCCUAUGACUAGAGAAUUCCAGGAUUUGCUUAUCAGGUUAUCUAACUCUGGAGCAACAGAUUCUGGUUGGCUUGGUGCUAAGAUCAGUAAGGUCAACUUGGACAAGAUGUGGGGACAUUUGGAUAAGUUCAUUGGCGGUGAAGAUUCAACGCCUAAACCUCAGGACACUGGUAUUUUCAGUAAGUUCAGUCCCUCAGUCUCCCGUAAUGCAUCGGCUUUGGAUGUUACCCAGAUCCCAAAUGGAUCUCAAUAUCGUCCUGACUUAAACAGGACGCCUUCACUUGCGUCUGCACCUGCUGGCCAUGGUGACUUCAGCCCGAUGCAACAACAAGGUCGCUCUAACCCGCUGAGAUAUGCCCCAGGAGGACCAGGAAGCUUGAAGAAGGGCCCUCCUUCUAUACUGGGCCCAUCAAGCUUCCAUCAGCCAGCCCCACCAAGCAUUCAACUGCAGCCUUCGUUCCACAAGAAUCAUGUCAGUAAUGGAUCACUGUCGAGCGUGAAUGCUCUUGACCCUAGCCCGGUCAAUGAAGAACAGAAGCCUCCACUCAAACAGGCUUCUUCGUUUGCUCCAAGACAGCCACAACCUCCUCGCAAUCCGAUGUACAGCAAUCGCUCAGGACAGGUAUCGGCUCUGUCAAUUGUGUCGCACAUGAGUCCUCAGCAGCAUAACGUUCAUCGUGAUCAUGAUCAUCAUGGUAGAUUUGAGUUGCCUGAUCUUGAUGACACAAAUGAACAUCCAAUCAUGGAACGUUCGCCUAGAGGUCUUGAAAGAGGCCAUUUCCGCACAUCCCUGUUGCAAAGUGAGGUACAAGAUGGCAUUGAUGUGAACGAGGAGAACCAUGUACCAUCCACGAUUGAAGAGAAGUCAGAGGAAUCUUCGAGCCAUCGCCCAUCGCAAGGCAACGUGGCGCCACCGCAUGAGAAGGAGAAGGAGGAGCCUAAACUUGCUGAACCAGAGGUAGAAGAAGAGAAAGAAGAAGAGGAAGCCAAGAAGCCAUCUGAAGAAUCCAUUGCACCACCACCUAUUUCAACGAGAAAGGCUCUUCCACCAAGGUCUAAUCCUUACGCACCUGGUGGAUCUAGAGGACAGGCUCGUGGAACGAGUUCUAACAGGUAUGGACCAGGCAAGACGGCCAAUAAGUACGCUUCUCCUCACCCUUCGCAACACAAGGACUUUUUAGAGAGAUCGACCCCCAACGUUUCCAUGCAUGAAGGCCCUAACCCAGAAGAGCUGAAUGGCGAUGUUCCAAAGACUGAAGAGCCUAAGAAACCUGAGGUUCCAGAGGCUCCUAAGGAGGAGGAGGAGAAGGAGAAAGAGAAAGAAGCUGAACAGCCUUCCGAGCCUCCAGCACAAGAGAAGCCUCCUGUUAAUGCACCUCCUGCUAGAGGACCACCAAGAGCAAACGGUCCACCUGGUAGAAGAAAGAAUCCUUACGCUCCACAAGCCAGAAAUCCAUAUGCUCCGAAGGGCCCCGAAGAACACAAGGAACCAGAGGAGCCAAAGGAAGAGCAGGCAAGUAAGCCUCCUGUCAAUGCUAAUGUCGAUGUCAGUGUGGAUUACGGUGUUGAAGAGAGCAUGGAAGCAUCUGAUGAGCCUAAGCCACCAAUGCCAGGAAGAGUUGUUUCUCCAACUGCCAGGGCUCCAUAUGCGAACCCAUUCCAACACGAGAAAGCCGGCGUGGAAGGUGGACUCGAGGAUUUCUCGAUUCCAGGCUCUCCAGAGUAUACUACUAGAGCCAACUCAGUGAUUGGCCACAAUGGCUUGUUCUCGAGUAAGUUAUCUCAGUCACAGCAGUCGGUGAUGUACCAGCAGUACGAGGUGAAGGAUGAUACCGUUCAUGAUUACAUUCCUGUUCCAGAGGAUGAAGAAGAUGAGGAAGAUAAAAAGGCCAAGAAGAGAAAGGAGGAGAAGAAAGCGCAAGGCUCACAAACUCCAGAAAGCGAAAGUUGGCUCAGUAAGUUGAGAGGUAAGAAGGCUACUGACGAUAAGCCUAAGCCCAUCAAGGCCAAGCUCGGAACCAAGAACACCUUCUACUUCAGCGAGGAACACAACAGGUGGAUUGACGGAAGCAGACCAAUAGAUGAACAAAUCAAGGAAGUGGCGCCUCCACCACCUCCUAUGAAGAAGAAGGUUGCACCUAAAGCACCUGAGCCAAAAUCUGAUGCUCCAUCGCCUGCUGGACCAUCUGAAGGACCAUCUGAAUCAUCCUCAGCACCUUCGGGACCUUCGGCACCUUCAGGACCCAAAGCUCCAGCUUCUGGUCCAGGCGGACCAUCUAGAGCAGGUGCAAGGGCCAAGCCUAGAGGAAACUUAGCCAAUGCCAACUUGGAUGAUCUUUUAUCGUUAAGCAGUGGUGCUCCAUCUGGAGGCCGCAAGCCAAAGAGAAGAUACGUGAAUGUGUUAGAAAAGAAGUAA